AUGGGCGAAUCCGAUAGCUACUACAACCCCAACCAGCCGGCCAACGGUCAAUACUCGAGUGCCGGCUACCAACAGCAAUACCAACCCCAGCCGCCACCUCCUUCUCAUCCCCAGUACCAGCAGCAACCGCAGCAACAGCCAUACCAACAAGGACCUCCUCAGAAUGGGAACGGAUACAUGCCCGCCCAGGGCUACGACGGAGAGAAGGCGUCAUUUGAGGAGCAAUUCAAGGUUCCCAAGCCCAAGUACAACGAUCUCUGGGCUGGUAUUCUCCUCAUCUGCGUCUUCAUCGGUUUCGUAGUCGUCUCGGGUCUCACUCUUCAAGGAUACGCCGCCAACCGCGGAAACGCUGGCUCUGGCAUUUACGGCAACCCCAACGACUUUUCUCUCAACACGAGCACCAUCAUUCUAUUCAUGUUUGUCCUCGCUGUCGCCUUUGUCUUAUCGUACGCGUACAUCUGGCUCGCGCGAGUCUUUCCCAAGCAGUUUAUCUGGGUUACGGGAAUUCUCAAUAUCUGCUGGGCACUCGGAACCGCCAUUUUCUACCUCUGGCGCAAGUACUGGUCUGCUGGUAUUGUGUUCCUCAUUUUUGGCCUGUUCAUGGCCUUUUGCUUCUGGACAUGGAUCUCGCGCAUUCCCUUUUCGGCUCUCAUGCUCAGGACGACCAUCGAUGUGAGCAAGAAGUACGGCCAUGUCUACCUCACCAGUCUGAUCGGAGGCCUGAUUGCAACUGCUUUCGCCGCCUGGUACUCGAUUACUCUCGUCGCCAUCUACGUCAAAUACCAGCCCGCCGACGACAAUCCGUCAUGCAAUGAUGGAGGUUGUAGCCAGGGCAAGGUUAUCGGUCUCCUUGUCUUUGUCACCUUUGCCAUGUACUGGUUCUCGGAAUGGCUCAAGAACACGAUCCACACAACCAUUGCUGGCGUAUACGGAUCCUGGUACUUUUGCGCCCACAACUUUCCCAAAGAUGCCACACGCGCUUCUGCCAAGCGAGCCUUGACGUACAGCUUUGGAUCCAUUAGCCUGGGCAGCUUGUUGGUUGCCAUUGUUCAGUUUCUUCGUCAGCUCUGCAAUGCUGCACGAAACCAGGAGGCAGCUGAUGGCAGCUUCCUCGGGUAUGCCCUGUUCUGCUGCAUCAGCUGCUUCCUGGGACUCUUGGAGUGGGCCGUCGAGUUCCUCAACCGAUACGCUUUUUGUCACAUUGCAUUGUAUGGCAAACCAUACUUUGCAGCUGCCAAGGAUACUUGGAAGAUGAUCAAGGAUCGUGGCAUUGAUGCUCUGAUCAAUGACUGUCUCAUCGGCCCCGUCCUCUCGUUCGGCGCCCUGUUCAUUGCCUACGCCUGCACCCUUCUCGCGUACCUCUUCCUCUACUUUACCGAUCCUGCCUACAACCGCGACGGUGCUUAUACUCCGGUGGUGAUGGUCUUUUCGUUCCUCAUCGGCUUCCAGAUCGCAAACAUCUUUACCACACCCAUCUCGAGUGGUGUCGAUACCAUCUUUGUUGCUGCUGGCUGGGAUCCCCAGGUCAUGUGGCGCGAUCACCCCGAGCUGUAUCAGGAGAUGUGCCGAGUGUACCCCAAGGUUCAGCAGGUUAUUCGUGACCGAUGA